AAGAUUGUAGAGAGGAGAGAAAAAAGGAGGGGAGUGUGGUGAAUCGGUGUUCCGUCGUUUAUGUGGAUGCGUUUGUGUACAGUGCAUGUAUCUUUUAUUUUCUUUCAUUUAUCGUAUGAUUUUUGGCAUUUCUUCAUUUUUGCUACGCGUAACCGCAAUAUUGUGAAAUAAUUCGAAUAAUAUAGUCUACCGUUUUAUUUUAUUCUUUUGUAAGAUUGUGUUUGCGCCCGGAGCAGAUUGCACAUUUACUGUAUAGCCAUAUUAACACAGCCAUAACCUACAAAUCAUUUGUAAAGAUGCACAUUUGUACCAAAUAAUCCGACACCGGGGCUUUCCUUGGCGGGUCCCACCCGGAGGAUUUACUCUUAUCUUGACUGAGCUCAUCGGACUAAUAAUCCUGAAAUGGCACGGCUAUUGUUUCUGAUUAUUCUCUACGCUCUUCCGUCUCUUGUUGUGCCCAUACAUAAUUCAUCAGCUGGAGGCUGUGCCAUCAUCCGGCCUCCCAGGGAGGGCGGGAUCCGCUACAGAGGCCUGACACAAGAACAGAUCCGCAGUGUGCAGAUUCUCCCUGUGGAUUAUGAGAUAGAAUACAUCUGCAGAUCAAACCGGGUGAUCGUUGGACCCAACGUCAGGAAGUGUUUACCCAACGGCACAUGGACGGACAUGGGGCAGGAAAGCAAAUGCUUACUGCAGUGUCCGCGGGUAUGGACGUCUCUGGAGAACGGCCGGGUCACGGUGAAGCCUCCCGGGCCUCCGGUGGAAGGGACCGUGCUCUACUACAGCUGCAAUGCCGGCUUCAUCCUGGAGGGAAGAAACGUCAGCCAUUGCACCAAGCUGGGAAGGUGGGACGCACCCAAACCCACCUGCCUGUAUGACAGAAACUACACAGGCAAGAAGAAGCUGUACAUCGGAGCUCUGUUUCCCAUGAGCGGAGGCUGGCCCGGCGGGCAGGCGUGCAUGCCGUCCGCUCAGAUGGCUUUGGACCUGGUGAACAACAGGAGCGACAUCCUGCCGGACUACGAGCUGGAGCUCAUCCACUACGACAGCAUGUGUGACCCGGGCGAAGCCACCAAGCUGCUGUAUGACCUUCUGUACACCGAACCCAUCAAGAUUGUGCUGAUGCCCGGCUGCAGCGGCGUCUCCACGCUGGUGGCUGAAGCUGCUCGCAUGUGGAACCUCAUAGUGCUAUCGUACGGCUCCAGCUCGCCAGCCCUGUCCAACCGCCAGCGGUUUCCCACCUUCUUCCGCACGCACCCGUCCGCCACCCUGCACAACCCCACCAGAGUGCAGCUCUUCAAGAAGUGGGGGUGGUCACGCAUCGCCACUAUCCAGCAGACCACGGAAGUCUUCACUUCAACUCUGGAUGAUCUUGAACAGAGGGUGAAGGAGGCAGGCAUCGAGAUCAGCGUUCGCCAGAGCUUCCUCACCGAUCCGGCUGUUGCUGUCAAGAACCUGAAGCGCCAGGAUGCAAGGAUCAUCGUGGGGCUUUUUUAUGAAACUGAAGCCAGGAAGGUGUUUUGUGAGGUGUUCAAAGAGAAGCUGUAUGGGAAGAAGUAUGUGUGGUUCCUGAUUGGCUGGUACGCAGACAACUGGUUCAAGAUCAAAGACCCAGCUAUCAACUGUACAAUAGAGAACAUGACGGAGGCUGUGGAGGGACAUGUGACCACCGAGAUCGUCAUGCUGAACCCAGAGACAGUUCGAGGUGUCUCCAACCUGACAUCACAGGAGUUUAUUGCUGCCUUGAUGUCUCGUCUGGGAGGGAUGAACCCGGAGGAAACUGGUGGAUUUCAGGAGGCCCCUCUAGCCUACGAUGCAGUCUGGGCUUUGGCCCUUGCACUCAAUAAGACUGUGGCACCUCUGAAAGCCAAAGGCCGACGUCUGGAGGACUUUAACUAUAACAACCACGACAUCACUGCAGAGAUUUACAGAGCGCUCAACACAAGCUCCUUUGAAGGAGUUUCGGGCCAGGUGGUGUUCGACGCCCAGGGUUCCAGGAUGGCGAUGACCCUUAUCGAGCAACUGCAAGGAGGCAGCUAUAAGAAGAUUGGUUAUUAUGACAGCUCUCAGAAGAACCUCUCCUGGUUUGGCAAUGAUGUUUGGAUAGGUGCUGGGCCUCCAGCUGACCGGACCGUGGUGACCGAGGAGUACAGGUUCUUGUCUCAAAAGCUCUUUGCAGCCGUCUCCGUCUUUGCUGGUCUCGGCAUUCUGCUCGGCAUCGUCUGUCUGACCUUCAACAUCUACAACGGCAACGUCCGCUACAUCCAGAACUCCCAGCCGUACCUGAACAACAUGACGGCGGUGGGCUGCAUGAUGGCGCUGGCUGCAGUGUUCCCGCUGGGGAUUGACCGUCACCACAUAAACGAAUCCCAGUUCCCCGUCGUCUGCCAGUUCCGCCUGUGGCUCCUCGGCCUUGGCUUCAGCCUGGCGUACGGCAGCAUGUUUACCAAGAUAUGGUGGGUCCACACCCUCUUCACAAAAAAGGACGAGAAGAAGGAGAAGAAGAAGCAACCCUUGGAGCCAUGGAAACUCUACGCAACAGUUGGAGUGCUGCUGGCAAUCGACUUCCUGUCACUCAUGAUCUGGCAGAUCGUGGAUCCUCUACACAUCACGAGGGAGGAGUUCACUAAGGAGGCCCCUAAAGAAGAUCUGGACGUCCUGAUUCAGCCGGUGCUGGAGCACUGCAGCUCCGAGAAGAUGAACACGUGGCUCGGUGUCGUUUAUGGCUAUAAGGGUCUGCUGCUGCUGCUGGGCAUUUUUCUGGCUUACGAGACCAAGUCUGUCUCCACUGAGAAGAUCAAUGACCACCGGGCCGUGGGGAUGGCUAUUUACAACGUAGCUGUGUUGUGCCUGAUCACGGCUCCGGUGACUAUGAUCCUGUCUUCACAGCAGGACGCCUCCUUUGCCUUCGCCUCUCUAGCGAUUGUCUUCUCUGCCUACAUCACUCUGGUGGUGCUUUUUGUUCCCAAGAUGCGCCGGCUCAUCACCCGCGGCGAGUGGCAGUCAGAGCAGCAGGACACGCUGAAGACCGGAUCGUCCACCAACAACAACGACGAGGAGAAGUCCAGGCAGCUGGAGCGAGAGAACAGGGAGCUGCAGAAGAUCAUCCAGGAGAAAGAGGAGAGGGUCUCAGCGCUCCGCAACCAGCUGGCCGAGCGACAGGCUCUACGUAACCGCCGCCCGCCGUCCAACGGCCAGAAUCAGAACCACAACGCCCCGCUGCCCUCGACACAGCCGGACCCCAAGUCCCUGCUUCCCCCGCCCGGCUACCCGAACCCCACCACAGACAAUCACUCCCUUCCGCCAUCCUUCUCCAACUCAUCCAACCUGUACCCGGCGGACAGCAAGAUGAGCCGCAACCACUGUCACAACAGCCAGUUCCCUCUGCUGUACAAGUAGAGGCGAAGCGGGUGGGGGCAGGCGGUCUCACAGUGCACACGGGGGGACACAAAAACACGAGACACUGUGACUUUCACUUGUUUUGGGCGGAGAGCACCGCGGGCGGGGUAGUGACAUCCAGCGUGGAAGCACAAUGAGUUCCAAGGCAGCGCUACACACGGGGAGAGCCACGCCGGUUCCACCGUCCUCACAGUUUUCAUCUCACUGUGUUCGACCCAGAAGCAAAGCACCUGCGGCGAGCCGACGAGGCAACAAGCACAUCUCAGACUAGCAGCACGGCGGGUCUUCUCACAGAUCCCGUGAACAUUAUUAAUAGAGCUCUUUAUUCCUUCCUCAUUGGUUCUCUGGUUCUGUUGUGGAGACGCCGUGUUGAGGAAAACAUGCGUGUUCGUGUCUUUGCUAUAACGUCUCCACAUUUCGUCUAUCGAGUUUGUUGACAUAUUGGCAUACAGUAGUGGUUUAUAUUGUUCUGUAAUAUUUGACCUGUUUUGUCAUGGAGUUGUUCCUUUAUUUGUUUACACUUCAGGAGAGAACUGAAACUUAAAACGGGACAAAGCAAUGUACAGUCUUUAGUUUUUCCAACGCUCCGUCCGAAGAGCAGCUGGUUAACUCAGAAGUGAUCGUGUGCAUUAUUAAAUAGCCAUAACUAAGCGGCCAGGGGGCUCAGCAUGUGUGGAUGUUGUCCAGACCGUGUCAUGCAUUUUAUCUCAUUUCCUAUCGACGUAUCAGCAGACAACUCGUAUCAAAGCAGAAACUGUUGAAUGCUUGCAGAUUUUUGAGGACAGUUUUGAUAGUUUUGCAAGUUGAAAUGGCUCAUUGUUGUUUUUUAAAUUAUCAUAAUUUCUGUGUUGUUUUUUUUAGUUCUUUGCAGGGAUGGUUUGGUGGAAAGAUGAACCCACUCAUUUCCUGAAACUCUCUUUCAUGGUUCUGCAGGCGCUGAGCAGUAACUUGCCCCAUAGUCUCAAAACUAAA